AUGCCCCCGCCACUAUCCAACAAGACCAACAGAGGCUAUGUGCCUUUACCCGUUUGUCCCGCCUCCAGCAAAUUUCGACCUCCAUCGGACAGGCAUAAGGAGAACGACGGGAAGGGCUGUCAUGCCUCGCGCGUUUCUGAAGACGAUUCCGACGCACCCGAGCCAUUCUUCGCUCCCCAGGGCGAGAGCAUCAAGUAUUUCGCGAAAAAGCGUCCUGCCCCGCUCCUGAGGGAGCUGCCGUCCUUCAAGAAGCUAGAUUUUCAUACCGACCUGUUUUUCCCCCUCUCUCCGGCGAAACACGUGCUGCUGAAGUCCAGGCUUCUUGAAUUCAACAGAAAGGUGGCGAGAGUCCUGUUCCGGACCUGGAUCGUUAGCGUUCUCGAGAAGAAGGGGAUGGGAUAUAGAGAGUGGCGUAUAUACGUCCAGUGCCACAAGGCUUUGACAGCCUGCAGUGACAUAAACAAAAACAAUCUCCCGCCCAAGAGCCUGGAGAAGUUCCGGCUAAUGGGUGUCGAGCCCGAGGAUUUUAAUGACGAAGCCUGGAUGCCAGGCGCCUUCGAGGCUCCUACCUUGAUCUCGAAACUGACGUUUGCAGAGCGGAAGGAGCGGCUGGUCCGCAAGUUAGUCGCCGCCUUCCUGGUCGGUGUCGAGAAGCGGGCUGAGGAGCGCGAGCGCCUGGGAGAGCAGGCUCGUCUGCAGGACGAGGAGGGAAGUCUCGAAGAGGAUGGUGAAACCUCCUCAGCUGCCGAGAAGGCAGGCGAUGUCGUAGCUGACGCUGAAAGUGAUGCAGCGGAAGGCGAAGACGACGGUGAGGUCCAGAGCACAGACAAAACCGUCGGUAGUGACGAUCCCAUUGAUGCCACCGAGGUCGUCGAACAUGCUGCAGAGACGUCCUGCUGCCCCGACGACUCUUCAGAGCUACCUCCGUCUGUCUCCCAUGAAGAGGACAGCCAUGCCCAUGCCCCCGCUGUGACGACGGGAGACUCCCUUCCGUUCUCGCCGCCGCCUGCCCAAAGCCCACCGCUACGCGAGCGCGGCCACUUUUCACCUUUGAAGCCUGUAGACGACGUCCCCGGGCGUGCCUUCGAGGAGUUUGGCGUGCUGACUGCCGCGAACGCGGAGGGUCCGACGGAAGAACCUUCAGCGACGCCGACCGCGACUGUGGAGCGGGCGCCUUCCUCGACGCCCCCUCAACCGACAUCGCUCAAUCCUCAGCAUUCCGUGCAGAAAACAACGUAUCCAGAGCAGGCACCAGAGCACCUGCAACCGAAUGCCGCCCGAGGGCCACCGGCGGAUUCCUUCGCCUGCCUCGCCGUGGGGAUGGGACGAGCCCCGCGCGACAACUUCGAGCGCGAGGUCUACACCGAAGGCCUCGCGCGCGCGUACGCGCAGAUCCUCGCCCGGGAGAACCUCGCAUCCGACCUGGAAGAGCGCGGCAUCGAGCUCCCGCACAUCGAGGACGACGGCGUGCUCAAGCCGCGCAUAGGCAACAUGUGGGCGCUCGAGCACGACGCCUACCAGGCGGUGUACGCAAACGCGUUCGCGGAAGUCCUCGCGCAGGAGGCGAUCGAGGAGGAGAAAGAGGCGGAGGAUUCAGACGAGGAGGACGAGCAGCCGGUGGACCGGAUGGACCAGGACUGGAAUGUCCAGAUCCGCCGCCCGAGGUGCGUCGUCGAAGAGGUCGAGUUUGCGGAGGGGUCGGCCAUGGACAUCUCGUUCCAUGCGCCGGUAGACCCUAUGGAGUGCGAGGUGUCCGAGGGUCUCGCUGGCAUGCCGGUGUCGAUUCUCGCGGGGCUAGACCAUGUCGACGAGGAGCCGAUGGACGUCGACUUGCCCGACGAAGCCGGCGACAUCGACAUCCACGACGCGUCGAUGAUGUCGAUGGCCCCUUUUGACUUUGCCCAGCCUGUCCAUCCCUUACAGGAUAUACUCGGCGCGUUUGGCAACAUCAGCCUCUGGUCAAAAGACGCCAUCGAAGUGGAUGCGCACCUUGACUGGUAA